AUGGGGGAUCACGGCAAGGCCAAAUCGGGUAUUUCAUUCGCAGGAACUUUUGCCAGUAGUGCUUUCGCUGCUUGCUUCGCCGAGAUAUAUACGAUUCCAUUGGAUACUGCCAAGGUUAGGCUUCAGUUACAGAAGAAAGCUGUUGCAGGGGAUGGGGUAGCAUUGCCAAAAUAUAGGGGAUUGUUGGGUACAGUUGGCACCAUUGCGAGGGAAGAAGGUUUAUCUGCAUUAUGGAAGGGCAUCGUGCCAGGAUUACAUCGUCAAUGCCUGUUUGGAGGUUUACGGAUUGGAUUAUAUGAACCUGUUAAAACCUUCUAUGUGGGCAAAGAUCACGUUGGGGAUGUUCCGUUAUCAAAGAAAGUAUUUGCUGCACUCACAACUGGUGCUGUGGCUAUUAUGGUUGCCAAUCCUACUGAUCUUGUGAAAGUGCGACUUCAAGCUGAAGGUAAACUGCCACCUGGUGUGCCAAAGCGGUAUUCUGGAGCAGUAAAUGCAUAUUCUACUAUCGUGAGACAGGAAGGAGUUACAGCUUUGUGGACUGGACUUGGCCCCAACAUUGCACGUAAUGCUAUCAUAAAUGCUGCUGAAUUAGCUAGUUAUGAUCAAGUGAAGCAGACAAUUCUGAAAAUCCCUGGCUUCAGCGACAAUGUUUUCACCCAUCUCUUAGCUGGUUUAGGUGCCGGUUUUUUUGCUGUCUGCAUAGGAUCUCCAGUUGACGUGGUCAAGUCGAGGAUGAUGGGAGAUUCCACAUACAAAAGUACACUUGACUGUUUCGUCAAGACUUUAAAGAAUGAUGGAUCUUUAGCCUUCUAUAAAGGCUUUAUUCCCAACUUUGGAAGGCUAGGAUCUUGGAAUGUGAUAAUGUUUCUAACGCUGGAGCAGGCUAAGAAGUUUGUUAGAAGUUUAGAGUCAUCAUAA